AUGGAUAUGCUUCAUAAUAAAUGUAGUGAUGCUAUCAAAAGCACCUCCAAUAGCAAUUUGAGUAAUGAGGUAGACAAACAAAAAUUGCAAUACGAUGACCUCGGGAACACCGGAUUUUCUGAACUAUUUGAGAUGGAAUCUCAAGAUAAUAAUGAUAGCAUAGAGGAUUUCUUGUUCUUUAAUAUAAAUUUAACCCAGGAGGUUGAGUUCGAGAACCAAAGACAAUAUGAGCACACGAAAAAGACAAAGAAGCAUAACCCAUUCUAUGUACCGUCAGAGGUAGUGCGAGAGAUGGUCAAGAAACACGCAUUGAAUGGCAGAAUAUAG